AUGAGCGGCAACAGAAUCAGCAACAGCGAGAACAGAGGACGAAAUGGCCAUGUGCUGGUGUGGGAGCAACCCGGACUCGAUGAGGAGGAGCGAGCCGCACGAAAGAGAAGAGCCCUUGUGGGGAAACGUCACAUAGUGACGUUCUUGAUAUUCCUUGGUAUGGCAAAUGCCUAUAUAAUGAGAACCAACAUGUCCGUGGCCAUCGUCGCGAUGGUCAAUCAUACGGCUAAUCUAGACGAGGAUCAAGAAAUAAAAACUGUGAACGAGUGCGGAGAAGCCAUUACCAACGAAACCGAAGCCGCUCAACGUAGCGCGGAUGGACCAUUUAUAUGGGACAGCAAGAAGCAAAGCUAUCUCUUGAGUUCAUUCUUCUGGGGAUACGUUAUCACACAGAUACCAUUUGGUAUACUUGCCAAGCGCUAUGGCGCCAAGUACUUCCUUGGGAUCGGUAUGCUGAUCAAUUCGGUCUUUGGCUUACUGGUCCCCGCAUCCGCGUACUGGGGAUACGAGUGGUUGGUGGUAAUCCGCUUCAUCCAAGGUUUAGGAGAGGGUCCUAUUGUGCCUUGCACGCACGCAUUGCUGGCGAAGUGGGUACCACCUAAUGAACGGAGCAGGAUGGGUGCCUUCGUCUAUGCUGGUGCACAAUUCGGCACGGUAAUCUCCAUGCCGUUGAGCGGUCUGUUGGCCGAUUGGGAACUAGUUGGUGGUUGGCCAUCCAUUUUCUAUGUAUUUGGUAUCAUUGGCAUCGUCUGGUGCAUAGCGUUUCUCAUAUGGGUCUAUGAAGACCCUGAACAACAUCCAACCAUCACGGAAGAUGAAAAGAAAUAUAUACUCAGCACUGUCUGGGGUAGCACCGGUAUAUCUUCACCUCCCGUACCAUGGAAAGCCAUCGCAACUUCGCUUCCAUUCUGGGCCAUCUUGAUGGCGCAUAUGGGUCAGAAUUAUGGGUAUGAAACUUUGAUGAUCCAGCUUCCAACAUUCAUGAAACAGAUUCUCAAUUUCAGUAUCCAAAAGAAUGGUAUAUUUUCGGCGCUUCCGUAUUUGGCCAUGUGGCUCUUUUCCAUCUUUAUAUCUUAUGUAGCCGAUUGGAUGAUUUCCUCGGGAAGGGUCAAUCGCACCUUGACCCGCAAGAUCAUAAACAGUAUCGGACAGUAUGCACCAGCUUUAGCACUAAUGGCUGCUUCAUACACCGGUUGUAAUGCAACAUUGACAGUGAUUAUUAUCACGCUGGGAGUUGGUUUGAAUGGUGGUAUUUAUUCUGGCUUUAAAGUAAAUCACCUCGACAUCUCCCCAAGGUUCGCUGGAAUUUUAAUGUCUUUUACGAAUUGCAUCGCCAAUCUCGCCGGACUUCUCGCUCCAAUCACCGUUGGAGAGAUCAUUUAUAAAUCGCCAACGCAAGCGAAAUGGCGAAUCGUAUUUAUGAUCUGCGCGGGUAUUUACAUCGCAUGUGCAACAUUCUAUAAUGUGUUUGGCUCUGGUGAGAGGCAACCGUGGGACAACGUGGAGAAAGACGACGAGAAGAACGAGAGGAACAACGAGAAGACACAACUAGAUAAUAUAAGGAUCGUAAACGAAAGUCAGCAUUGACAUAUUAAUAUUUUACCGAUGGAAUCAGUGAUGAUAUGAGAAAAUCGUACACUGAUGAAAACAUCCAACUGGUCACUUCUGCCUGAGUACAUUCAUUCCCUCCCUAUUAUUUAACCAUUCAGAACGAAUGAGGUACAUUAGGAAACAUUUAAGUUAAUCUCAGAAUUGUAUUUUUCUCUUUUUAUCAUAAAGAUACAAACUUCUUUUCGCGAUAACAAUUGUCACGAUCUACGUUUGUAGAUUUUGAUACUUUUGGUUACAAAAGUUAUAUACAAAUUGUUGUAGUGUUAUAUGUGUUUCAUAUUAAGGAUAGUUUAUAAAAUGUGUGUGAGUGAAUGAGAGAGAGAGAGAGAAAGAGAGAGAGAGUGCGUGUGCGCGUGCAUGCGUGCGUGCGUGUGUAUGUAUGUAUGCGAAAAUGUAAGAGAAUAUGCAAAAGAAAAAACCGAUUUAACAUUACUAUGCCCUUAAGGGAUGUAUACUCAUUGCCAAACUAUUGUAUGCUUUGGUUCACAUGUCUCAUCAUAUUUUAUAAUUUAUCAGUUUUUAUAAAUUUUUCGAAUAUUAAUAAAAUAUAAAAAUAUAAAAUAUAGAAAUUAAUAAAAUAUAAAAAAAUACAGAGAGAGAGAGAAACUAGAAAAUCAUGUUUUCAGAAUUGGCAUAUUAGAGAAAAGAUGAAAGACAUAAUUUUUCUCGAAAGAAAAAGACAAUGGAAAUUAUUACUUUCAAAUGAUGAAAUUUCUAUAAAUUUCUUGGAUGCAUGACAAACAAAUCAGUUCGAGCAUGACCCCGAAAAGAUUAUAGAACCAACGUUUACGAAAUUGUUUCUUGAUGAAACGAUCUAUAUAGCUAUAUGUAUAGAUGUGCGAACCGAGCUUUGUAUCGCAUUGAAUGUAUGAGUAAGAGCGAAAAGUAAAUACCCGUUUAACCUUUCUUUAGGCACGCUAUUAAAUUCAUUUACGGUAUACAGUGUCAUUUGCAUAACACUGCCCUCUUGAUGGAAUCAGUACACUACGUCUCUUGACAAGUAAAAAAUUUAUUUUGAGUAAUAAACACUCCGUCGAUUUGGACUUCUUCGUCCAUUUCAUAUUUGAACAAAACUUAUCAAUCUCGUUCUUCCAUGUUGUAAGCACAUUAAACACUGCAAUUUUCAUCAAGUGCGAUAUACGUGUGUUAAGAUUGUAGAUAUAUUGUGACUAGAUUUACCAUAACGUGCCGAGGAAGGAUCUGUCGUAAUGCAUCCCGACGCUUAUCUUCAAGUUAGAUUUUGUGUUCGUAAACUGAUAAGUUUAUGGCAGCAGUAUUAGGAUAAAGAUCCUCAUCGUUCAUCUCUCUUUAUUAUGUCACUUUUUAUUGCAACUACUACCAUUUUGUAUUGUAUGUGCGAGGUCCCGGUGAAAGGGAUGAAAGUAACGUUCCUAAUGUUUUGUAGUGUAAUCAAAGAGUGUGAGGGGGGGAGAAGAUGAAGAGGAGGGAGCGCUUUUAUUUAUAAUCUAGACGCCGCGAACAGCACAGUGAAUACAAUACAACAAUGGUGUUUAUACAUAUUGUAGAUAUUUGCGCAUAUCGAUACCCUAUUAAGUUAUAGAUAUUAUAGAUAUUAGAUGUUAUUGUUCGUAAUUAUUUAUAUAGCGUUCCUCAAGGAUGGAAUGAAAUUAUUACCUCGAUAAAAUACUAAAAUGAAAAUUAUCAAGUAGAAGGGUUUUGAACUUGUACAAUAGAAUGCAUUUUUUGUACUUGAUAAGUUUCUUCUUGAGCGGCACAAAUUGAACAAUAAUUUUGUUGACGAUUGUGAUUUCUUCUUUUGUAUAGAUUAAGUUAUUACGGCUGUAAUCAAAGUCGCUGCGUUGAUCACCUUUGGAUGAAAUACUGUAAUCGCACAAAAUCAAUUCAGCCUUUUUAAACAUAUUGUGAACAACUUUUCAGUAGAAAUAUUUAUAUCUUCCUUUCAUAAACACUUGUUAUUUUCUUAUUUACGAUAAAAUAUGUUGUUAUAUUUGAUAUACUUAGUGCGUGAAAUAAUUCUGAUUGUUGAAGAUGUUAUGUUGUUCUAGCACUUUUAAGUUUUAAAGAGAAAAAUAAUAAGGAUGCUUUCAAUCGACAUUCGAGAUCUUCCCGCUCGCGACAAGUCUGAAACAAAUUAUCUAAAAAUUGAAAGAUUUAUAAAAAAACAAUAUUUAUAUUAAAAACAUUUGUUUGCAUUGGCUAACUUAUUUUAUGAAAUUGCGUAAUUUUACAUAAAAACUCUUGUGAAAUAAGUUUAGGUAGCAGCGCGUGUUGAUUGCGAAUAGGUAGAUGAAAAUAGGAUCCAAAUAUCCUGUGAUCGUGUAUUUAGAAGUGCCUUCGACAAGUAAUAUUUUUUUCUCACACCUAGUGUAUUAUUAAAAUGAAUUCUUGUCAAUUCUCUCUAACAAGAAAAAUACUAAAAACUAUUUGCGAACAUUAUUCCAAA